GGGACUGCCUGGGCGGCCGCCAUCUUCAGAGGCGGGCUGAUGGGGGCUGGGGCCUGGGGCUGGUGGCGGGCGGCGCGGGCCCUGCGGGCGGCGAGCGGCGGCUGGUGGCGGGCGGCAGCGCCCGGUCCCGGGGCUGUGGGUGCCGCCAGCCGCAGCCUCUGCGCCGGCGAGGCGCCCGACCUUUCCUACCAAGAGCUUAAAGACUUGAAGAAAACCAACGUCCUCCACAUAGACGUGCGGGAGAGGUGGGAGAUCGACAGAUUUGGAAAAAUUCCAGCGUCCAUCAACAUACCGUUGGGUGAAUUAGUGGAAGCACUACAGAUGGAUCCAACAGAGUUCAAGAAGCAGUACAGUCAAAAGAUGCCAUCCAAGUCGGACCCUGUGGUUUUGUCCUGUUUGGCAGGAACAAGAAGUAAACAAGCACUCGGUUUUGCCAUGUCCUUGGGUUUCAGCAGAGUUCAGCAAUAUGCUGGUGGCUUUGAGGAUUGGGUAAAACAUGAACCUCCAGAGAAAAAAUGAAGAUGACUACCCCAUCCCUUGCCGCAUCAAGGCUUCAGGAUGGUUUGUAGGUUUUAGCAUUCAAACUACAUGCAUUCCACUUCCAGAACAUGGCCCACUCCUGUUUUCUAGUGUCAAUGGACAUUGACCUUCAAAUAGCUGUACAUAUCAACUGCUUAGUUUACAUUAUAUCUGAAGACUAUGACAUGAAGAGAGAACAUUAAAUUAUUUUGACC